AAUGCGUGCUAUGCUCGACCAAUUGAUGGGAACUGGACGGAAUGGUGAAAAUAACAAAUUUCAAGUGAAGUACUCGGAUCCAAAGGUCUGCAAGAGCUUUUUGCUGGCAUGCUGUCCACAUGAAAUCUUAUCAUCAACAUUCUAUUUCCAGAGUCUCUGGAAAAAGCAAUUCCAAUCAGAUCCAUUGUACAAUAUUGUUGCGAGUAUUGUCCGCUCAUAUGUCGUGUUGUACUUCUCGCUCUCACAUGCGCGUUACUGUAAGUACUGAAAAGCGAAGAGGACGUACGUAUUACAAUUCUACAAUUUGAUUAUCUCUUAACAUAAUUCAAAUACUAGGUAUAUUAAUUUGAUUAAUAAUAUAUAAAGGCGAGCGGUUACCUCAGCCCCUCUACCGGUCAACGGUGGCGAGGCUGAGUGUUGAAUAUUAAUUCCGAGACCCCGAAAGGCCUGUAUAAAGUUGGUGAGUAGCGUCAUGCUGAUUCAUGAGACGAUGUCUUAUUGUCGCUUCUUACUAAUAAUGCCGUUUACGGCAGGUAGAAAUGAAGUUUACUUUGAAAGUAUGUGUGAAAAUCGUAUUCAUCCUCGGAGAUAUAAUGGGUACAGGAAAUGAAGCAGUGAUCUCGCAUGGACCUGGGAGAAUGCCCCCAGAUUCACGACUUGGCCCUACGGGCUGACUAUGAGGCUGCACAAAAGAAGAAGGACCAUUUUUACGACAUCGAUGCUAUGGAACAUUUACAAAAUUUUAUUGCCGAUUGCGAUCGUCGUACAGAACAAGCAAAACAACGUCUCGCGGAAACGCAAGAAGAACUUAGCGCUGAAGUAGCGGCAAAGGCGAAUAACGUUCAUGUACUCGCUGAAGAAAUUGGCAAAAAAUUGGCUAAAGCCGAGCAACUUGGCGAAGAAGGCUUUGUUGAGGAAUCCAUGAAGCUUAUGGGUGAGAUUGACGAAUUACGAAAGAAGAAAAAUGAGGCUGAACAAGAAUAUCGAAAUAGUAUGCCUGCAUCCAGUUAUCAACAACAAAAAUUAAGAGUUUGCGAGGUUUGCAGCGCAUAUCUUGGAAUUCAUGAUAAUGAUCGACGAUUAGCGGAUCAUUUCGGUGGAAAAUUACAUCUAGGCUUUAUCAAGAUUCGAGAAAAGUUAGCAGAACUUCAAAAAACCGUCGAAGAACGACGCAAAGAAAAAAGAGAAUCGUUAUUGGAUAGACGCAGAGAUAGAGAUAGAGACGAUCGUGAACGUGAUCGUGAUAGCCGACGUGGAGGAUUGGCUUAUAGAGACAAAGAUCGCGAUCGCGAUCGCGAACGUGAUCGUGACCGUGAUCGUGAUCGCGACAGAGAUCGUGACCGUGACCGUGACCGUGAUCGCGAUCGUGAUCGCGAUCGUGAUCGUGAUCGUGAUCGCGAUAGAGAUCGAGACCGCGAACGGAGAGAUAGGGAUAGGAGAAAGUCACGCUCUCGAAGUCGCAGUCGUGGAAAAAGAUCAAAACGUUCACGCAGUAGUAGCCGUAACCGUCGAUCCCGUUCUCGUCAUAGUGGAUCUAAUGAUCGAAAAAGAUAAAAUUAAUUAUUAUUUUUAAUUAUGCUCAAUCAUUUUUUUUUCGUAUGAAUUAUCACGUGCUUAUUUGUGCACAAUGUAUUUAAAAGAAAAAGAAGGAACAAAAAGAAACAAAAUAUUUGCAGAAUCAUUUUUUCAAUAGAGAUUUUUUUUCAAUAUAAAUUAAGAUUUGUACAUUAUGUCCAUCACACUUUAUUGAGAAUAUCAAUAUUUCGAAAUAUAUCUUUAUGUAAAAUUAGAUAUAUUCACCUGUCAGUGUAAAAACAGGAAUGAAUUUAUUAGAUAUUAAUAUACUAAUAUACUUAUUCUAUUUGAUCUUGAUAUAUCGAUUAUACUUUUAAAUCUAGUUAUUUCAUGUACAUAAGAAUAAUUCAAGCAUAAAUCCAUAAUAUUUGAAAAUGUUACAUAUUUAUAAUAUGAUUACAUGAUUUUAUGUGAUUAUUAUAUAAGCAUAAGAAAUGAAGAUAUGAUCUAAAAAUAUAUACAUUUAAAUAAUUAUUGGUUCAAAAUACUGCAAUCAUGCAUUUUCUCAUAACCUUAUAUUUUACAAGUUAAUUCGUAAAACAAAAAAAAACAGCAGAGUUAUUACUGUAAAAAGUUUCGAUUAUAAAUUGCCUUCUAAGAAUAAAAAUUUUAACGGUUCAUAAGUUUUAUAACUCACUUUUAUCAGAAAUUAAAAGAUACAGUUAGAAGUUUAUGAAACGUCAUAAAUUUUUUUCUAAAGAACAAGAUUUAUACGC